AGGAGAGGAGAGGAGAGGAGACAAGGAGAGGAGAGGAGGAGAGAGGAGAGGAGAGAGGAGAGGAGAGGAGAGGAGGGAGGAGAGGAGGAGGUGAACUUGUCCUCUGUUGUGUUUCUCUCCGUCUUCGUAGUGAAACCCUCCAGAGCUGAACGCUAUCAGGACGAAGCAGACAGCUGCCAAACCCACAACACACACACACACAUACACACACGCGCACACACACAUGCGCACACACACACUGACACACACUCAGUGGUGGAUAUAACUGGUGAGGACGACUCCCAGUGACCGUCCGUUGGAUUAACUGGUUCUUCAUCAUUCCGCGUGUUCAGUGAAGAUGAAGUGACGCCACCAGGAUCUGAGCGCCGACGACGACGUCACAGUUUGGAUGUUUCCAUCGGACCAAACACAGAAGAUGUCGGUGAAGCUGCGAUUCGACUCUCCAUCAGACGGAGGUUUGGUCCACAGGAGCCGCUCCUUCACCGGGUUCAGCUCUCUGACUGGACGCCAACAGUCGUCCUCUGUUCGUAACUCUCUCCGCUCCAAAGCCAUGACCGGAGCUAAAUCUCCCAGAAUGCACCUGUCUCCCAGCAGAAGGGGCGGGGCUAUCUGGUCUCUGCAGCCGGAUCAGGUGGACCGAGUCUUCCAGGCGCUACGCAAAGGACUCAAGGAGUACCUGGAGGGUCACCAGGCAGAGAUGGACUUCCUGUCUUCACAGCAGAGAGAGACCAAGAGAAACUCCAGACUGGCCUUUCUCUAUGAUCUGGAGAAGGAGAUCAGAGCCCUGGAGAGAUACAUACGGAGAUUAGAAUUUCAGAUCAGCAAGGUGGAGGAGCUGUAUGAGACGUACUGCAUCCAGUGGAGGUUGUGUCAGGGAGUGGUGAACAUGAAGAGAGCCUUCUCUCUGUCUCCGUCCAGCAGAGCCUCCAGAGACAGUCUGCUGGAGCUCAGUCGCAACCACCGACACAGCCUGCAGGACAUGUCAGUUAUGGAGGGAGAGUUAGAAAUCCUCCUAGGAGAGCUACACAUCAAGAUGAAAGGUCUGAUCGGUUUUGCUCGGCUCUGCCCUGGAGACCAGUACGAGGUGGUGGUGCGGUUGGGCCGCCAGCGAUGGAGGAUCAGAGGGAAGAUCGAAUCAGACGACACACAGUCCUGGGACGAAGAGGAGAUGGUCUUCCUCCCGUACAUACACCACAACUUUGAGAUCAAGGUGACGGAGGCGAAGGGUUUGGGUUGGCUGCUGGUCGGCUUGGUGACGUGUGCGAGCGCGGACUUCUUUGUGGCGAGGCCGCAGCUGAUGCAGGUGGACAUCACGGAGCUGGGAACCAUCAAACUGCAGCUGGAAGUCACCUGGAAUCCGUUUGACAGCGCUGAGAAGAUGAGACCGCUGUCCAUCAGCAGGACGUCAGUGUCCAGCAGGAAGAGCUCAGUCUACAGCUGGACGGCACCGAGUACCCCCUCCUUCACUGAGAAAUACUUCAUAUCCAUGAUGCGUGAGCUGCAGGAUGGCGAAGGUUCCCUCCCAUCUCUGGUGUCUAAAAGUCGACAGAACAGAGGAGGCGUGUCUCUGAUCAGCUACCUGUCCAACCCGUCACACACCGCCAUCACGCCAGACCACAGCCCUCAGAGCCCCUACAGUCUCACACGGACUCACAGCUACCCCACCAGCCACAGUAGAGGCACCAGUCUGGGAGGAAGCCAGACCCAGCUGUCCCUUGGGGAGGACGGAUCCCUGGAGGAGAGGGAGAGGAGGAAGAGGAUGGAUGAGAAGGAUGGAGAGGAAGAGUGGGGGAGUGUGUUAGAUACUCCUUCUACACCUGAGGAGAGUAAAACAGGUUCCCUGCUGGCUCUACAGAGAUGGAGCACUCCUGACAUCCUCAGAAAGAACACAGCGGGAGCAGCAGACCCUGCUGGACAGGACACCGUCAAUGUUCAGGACUCCCCAGAAUGUCAGUCCUAUUCUGCCCCCGCCUCGCCUUCUCCCCCUGCUCCGCCCCCAGCCGUAACGCCUUCCUCACCCCCGACGGCUGCUCCGACCCAGGGGAGGCCGGCGGUGAGCGGCGCCCAGCGAAGGGCCCAGACCGUCAGGCUGGGAGUCCUGAUCCUGGAGCUGGAGAAGACGUUACAGAACCAGAACUGCUCUGAGAAGGAGCUGAGAGCCCUGGAGCACCAGAUACUGCACCUGGCAACCAUCCUCAAGAAUGACCUCUCCCUGCUGAGAAGCUCCUCAUCAGAGGAGACUCUGGCUGUGGAGGAAGUCCUGGGCAGCUUUGACUUUCUGUCACAUGACUUCAAUGCAGAUGAUGACGCUUCCUGUUUGGGCAGCCUGAGAAUCAAAGACAGUGGCAUCAGUUCUCUGCAGCAGAGCGCUUUGAGGAGUCACGGCCUCCUCUCCCACAACAGCCAAUCAGCUUCUGAGGAAGAGCUGGUCAUCGCCCCUCUGACUUCUGGGAAUUGGGGUCUUGACCAGGCUCUUGAGACUCACCUGGAUAUAUGUUGCAUCCUGCUACAGAUGAUCAAAACGACGGACUUCAGCCCGUCCAGGAGGGACCUGCUGGAGGAAAUGGCUCUCCAAGCUGAAGUCCUGGACCGAGUCAGCUGUCUGCUGCUAGAGAACAACGACAGCAUCUCUGCUAGAGACAUCCUCCCUCAGACCCAGAGAAGGAGGGAUGUGCUGUUGUUCUGGGAGGAGUGUGUGAACGACAGCAGCUCUCCUUUCUGUUGCCUCUCCGACACUUUCACCAGAACCUUAAAGAGACGUUACACCCACAAGGUGAAGGCCAAGCAGCCGGGGCAGUCAGAGAAAGUGUUUUCUCAGCUCCUGCAGCAGCUCCAGACGGCCUGUCGGACGGUGCUCAGCCCUCGGCCGGUCUGCAGUCCAGAGAGAGUCACCCUCUUCCAGCUGUCGGUGUAUCUGAAGCGCUGGGGCAUCCAGGAGCUGGGAGAGCACAUCUCACGCCUCUCCAAAGAAGAGUACAUCCUGUCAGCCCUGAGGAGCCCCAAAAGGAGGCGGUCUUUAAAUAAGCUGAGGGGGCGGGGCAUCUCCGAGCUCCUCCCACUGAGAUGCACGCUGCAGACUCUGGGCACCCUGCAGCUCGACUCCAACCACAAAGUCUGCAAAGCUGCUGCCAACUGUCUCUGUAGAGCUGCAGGCUGCAGGGCCUUCAGGAGCAAGGCGGUGGUUUACUACACAGAGAGUCUGAACAGCGCUGACGUUCAGAUCCAACAAGGCUCCUGUCUGGCUCUGAAAUGCCUCAGGGCGACAGAGAGCGUGGACCACAUAGCAGAUUUGUGGAGAUCCGCGGAUGAAGAUCUGCGCAGCGCUGCCAGAGAAACUGUCCUCUCUUUUGGUAAAAAGGGCUACCUGGCCUUCCAGAGGAUGGACCAGCUGUACACGGAGAUGCAGGAGGAGGCGUACCAGAACCAAGAGACUGAGAUUACCUUUCUAUAGGAAACAAGUCUGGACCUGAAAUAGGUCUGUUUUUGUGAUGGGUCCGUCAUGAAGAGUCUCAGUGAUCCUGACUGUGUAAAUUAAACUAGAGUAAGUUUAUGAGCCUGUGCUGAUGGAGGAUGCCACGAUGAGGAAUCGUACUUUCAGGUAUCUGUGGUACCCUCAUUGUGACACACACCAACGGGACGAGAGCAGAGGAAGAUCUAAAGAUGGAGACUCUUAACUUCCUCUCUCACUGAUGUUUUUGCUCCAAACCUCCGAUAUGCUUCGUCCAGAGACCAGAGAAGUGACUUUACUGAGAAUGUGAGUUUAUUUUGGUCUAUGUUUUGUAUGAAGAGGGAGGAGUUCUGUUCUCUAUUGCAGAGAAACUAUUUAACCUAGAGCACCUGUAAAACUACUCUUGCUUUCAAUAAGGCGUACAUGGUGGUUUUAUUAUUAUUUCACACAAUGUCACAAGUGUGUGAUUAAGAGGCAAAAUAAGCAAAAAUCCCAAAUCUCAAGUGAACAUUAAACCCAGAGGGACCAAAUAAAUCCCCAAUAACAGCUGUGAACAGUGAGAGUCAGGUUUUAAUAGAGAAAGAGUCUACCUGUGGCAGGUACUUUUUCUACUAAGUUGUAGCUUCUUUCCUUGUUUUCAUCAGCUUUUGAAGAAGGAACAUGUUUCCACAAAGCUGUGUGGCAUUCAGGGAUGCCAAAGGAUUAUAGUACAAACAACUGUGGGAGGCAGUCAAACAGCAUUGAAGAGCUUUUACUUGCCUGCUCUCCUAACACCGCUCUAGAGUGAAAACAUUUAAUAAAUCUGUCAGUGAGUUUCCUGCUUUUCAGAUGAUAUGAGCCGCUGGAUAUUA